GCAUGCGAUCCACUGGCAAAGGAAAGGUUGAUAAUAGAUGAGAGUGUUUUGGUGGGCAAAUAUGAGCUAUUCAAAGUACCUUGCAAUCUCUGUGUCUGCUGUAGCGGUAUCUAUUGCAGCAUUUAUGUAUUGGAGAAGAAAGCAAAGGAAGGAAUUCUAUCCGUCAGGUCAAGUAACGGGGCUUUACAUAUACCCGGUAAAGUCUUGUAAAGGGGUACCACUAUCCUCCGCCUUGUGCCUUGAUGAAGGCUUGUUGCAUGAUAGGAGAUGGAUUAUCCUUAAUGAAAAAGACAGACUUGUUACUGCACGUGAGAAGCCAAAACUACAGCUGGUAACACCAACUCUGCAAACUACCAGUAGCGGUGAACUUGAAAGCCUUUCCUUGAAUGCACCAAACAUGGACACAUUAACGAUUAAAAUGCCUCUUGUUAAUACCACCAUCAAGGACAUAAGUGUCUAUGGUCUUAUGGCAGAAGUGCAAUAUGCAGGUGAUGAGGCYGCUGAAUGGAUAGCCAAGUAUCUCAACAAACCUGGCUACCAACUUUAUCACAUGACAAAGCCUCGAUAUAUUGCAAAUGAUGAAAUAUGGGGCGAUAUUGUGAAACCUGAUGACAAGCAYGGGUUUGCAGACUUYUCACCAUUGAUGAUAACAACUGAAGAAGCACUUUCAGCUUUGAAUAAUGAACUGGAGACAGCUGUUAGUAUGAGACGUUUCAGACCAAACAUAAUUGUAAAAGGAACCAAGACAUUUGAUGAGGAUAAUUGGAAAGAGCUYAAGAUCAAUGAUGUCAGAAUAAGAUGCUAUAAGAACUGUGCCAGGUGUGUUAUGACUACAAUAGAUCCAGAUCUUGGAGAAAAAACUGGAAAAGAACCUUUGGAGACAUUAAAAAGAACAAGGAUGCCUGAAAACAGAGAUAAACGAUUUGGUGACUCACCAUUCUUUGGAGUUGAAGGAAUUGCUGACAAACAGGGAAUCAUUAAAGUUGGAGAUGCAGUUUUUGCAAGACAGUAGAGAGAUGUUAAUGGUAACUGGUAUUGACUCAAGCAAUAGUUUAAUUGUAAAAUGUAAAAUAAUUUUAAGUUUACUUAAGAUAAUAGUAUGUUUUAAUGGUAUGUUUGUAAUGGUGUGUCUUUCAAAAAGGUCAAAAAGUUUAGCAAUAUAAUAAUAGCUUAUUAAAAUAAAAUAUAUUCUUACUCAUUUGUAUAAACCCAAUAGAUAAAUACAUUUGUAUAUCCCAACUSUCAUGAACAAUUAAAGCAAUAAUUUUGUACCAA